AUGAAAAACCCCAGUUGGAUUAGAAAGAACUGGCUUCUUGUAGCUGGGGUUACUUUCGUAGGCGUCCAUCUCGGAACGUACUUUCUCCAGAGAGCUGUAAAACAUUCUGUAAAGUCUCAGUCUGAAGACAAGCAAAAGAGUAUUGAAGAAUGA